CUGAAACAAAAAGAGGCAGAAGUGAAAUCCCUCAAACAGAGACUGCAGGAAUCAGCAGAUGUGAGAUCCAGCCCCCAGCGUUGUAACCCACAAAGAUGUGAACACAAAGAAAGUAUGACUCAGAUGGAGACGUUUUACAAAGAGAAGCUCACAAAGGCCCAAUCUGAAACAGUCAAAAAACAGAAAGAACUGAAAUCAGUCAAAGACAGACUGGCAACACAGAUGGCCGCUUCACUAAAAACAGGAGACACUGAGAGCAUGAACAACCCGGUCAGUAAAACCAGACUGACUGAGAUGUACGACAACCUGGAACUGCUGCAGUGGCCUAAAGUCAAAGAUCAGCUGAAGUCCAGGAAGAUCAACCCAAAGGAGGCCAAAGAUCUGAUUCAGAAAACAUUUGGAAAUGCAUCAGAUGAAAUGAAGAGAAGGAAGCAGCAGAUAGAAGAGAUGUUCCAACAGUCUGAGUCCAGCGGUGGACUGACUCCUCAGAAGGUUAAAGAGUACAGACAGCUCACAGUUCAGAACCUGCAGAUGGUUCUGUUCCACACCACCAAAGAAGAACUUCUGAAGACUGGUUUCCCAGAAUGUUUAGGUGAAUUUCCAGAGGAAGUGAAGGUGGAUCUGAGACCUCUGACCUCUGAAUGCUACUGGCUGAGCUGCUUGAUGGCUCUAAGCAAUCCUCCUCUUCAGACGGACUGGAAGAACCAUGUUCCUGGGUUUAAAUCUUCCUGGGAUAUUUUACCUCGAGAAAUCAAACCACCUGUCAUGUAGAAGAAGCAGAUGCAGCAAUGAGGAAAACAGAUUCUGACAUCACUUCUUGUUUCUUAAU